AAUCUCUCAAAGGAACGUUUCAUCUACACAGAGAAAACAGAGUCCGGAGGGGCAACCGUGACUUUAUAGAGACCUUAUGACUAUUAACUGUACUUUUUCUCUUAAAAUAUGACAACAUUACUCUUUCUGUAAACUUUACAUUGACCGUUGCUGCAUUUUGAGGGGUCUAGGGAAUGUUCUCACUUUGCAGAGAUUCAGUGCAUGGUCAGGUUUUGGAUAUUUUCUGCGAAAGUUUUGGGAAGGGUUUUGGGCACUUUUUCGGCAACAUUUUGGACAGGUUUUGGGGAGGUUGGCAGGGGCGUGGUGUGACUCCGGGCAGGCUGAUGACUCUGUGGAUUCACUCAUGCAUGGUCACACAAUGUGACAGUCCAGACAUGGCUGGAAACGUGAGGCAGCUCCGUCUAACCGAGCCCCAUCUCCGACUCCAAGCCGCCUCCAAAAACUAACCCACAACAAAGGAAAAGUUUUCCUUGCGCGCGUUAACGGGCCCGGGACAGACAGCCAGGCUGACCACAAGCCUGGAAAAAAAAAGACAAAAGUUUGUGCAUGAAUGACUUUGUGAGGCAGCAUUUAACCAAGAGUUUAUUGAGCUGUCAGGAAGGCGACAAGUUGCAGGUCUGGGAUCAGACAGACGGAGGGAGGGUCGCUGCAGCUGCGGGAGGUCUACACGCUUUUCAACGCACUCAAACGAUGGCACCAACGAUGGCUGAUGGAUUUGCUUUUCGUAUUUAAGUAUGACAUCUCCGGCCUAAAGGUGUCAUACAUAUUGUGAACCCUAGUCGAUGGAUUUAUUACCUUUAAUACAAGAAUAUUUUACCUGUACUUUCUCCAUAGGCUAGAAAUCUUGAAGCAUGGGCGACUGGAGCUUUCUGGGGCGGCUGUUGGAAAAUGCUCAGGAGCACUCGACAGUCAUCGGCAAAGUCUGGUUGACUGUUCUCUUCAUCUUCAGGAUCCUGGUGCUGGGGGCUGCGGCCGAAGAGGUCUGGGGCGAUGAGCAGUCGGAUUUCACCUGUAACACCCAGCAGCCUGGUUGCGAGAACGUCUGCUACGACGAGGCCUUCCCCAUCUCGCACAUCCGCUUUUGGGUGCUGCAGAUCAUCUUUGUGUCUACGCCAACUCUCAUCUACCUGGGCCAUGUGCUACACAUCGUCCGCAUGGAGGAGAAGCGGAAAGAGAAGGAGGAGGAGAUGCGCAAAGCAAACAGGUUCCAAGAGGAGAAAGAACUCCUUUAUAGAAAUGGUGGAGACGCUGGUGGAGGAGGAGGAGGUGGCAAGAAGGAGAAGCCGCCAAUCAGGGACGAGCAUGGCAAAAUCCGUAUCAGAGGCGCAUUGCUGCGUACCUAUGUGUUCAACAUUAUUUUCAAGACCCUGUUUGAAGUGGGAUUCAUUUUGGGCCAGUAUUUUCUCUAUGGCUUCCAGCUGAGGCCCUUGUACAAGUGUGCACGUUGGCCCUGCCCCAACACCGUUGACUGCUUCAUAUCGAGGCCCACUGAAAAGACUAUUUUUAUUAUAUUUAUGCUUGUGGUGGCUUGCGUGUCUCUUUUGCUGAAUUUGUUAGAGAUCUAUCACCUUGGAUGGAAGAAAGUUAAACAGGGCAUGACAAAUGAGUUUGCCCCUGACCAUGAGUCACUGCGCCGCGUCGACAUUGCAGAGCCUGAGUGUUUGACCUCGGCCUCCAGAACUGCCCCAUCCAGCCUCACUUACCCUCCCAACUACACAGAUGUGACGGCGGGCAGCGGGGCAUUCCUGUCGCCCAUGGGGUCGGCGGCUGUGCCCUCCACGGCGGAGUUUAAGAUGGGCGACCUCCAGCAGGAGCAGUCCCUCCACCAGCCCUCCCCCUCUUCCCACUUCUACAUCAGCAACAACAACAACCACAGGCUGGCCACACAGCAGAACUGGGCCAACCUGGCCACCGAGCAGCAGACUCGGGAGAUGAAGGUCACCUCUCCCUUGCAAUCCUCCUCUUCCUCCACCAGCACCAACAAGGAGCAGCAGUCCGUUGAUCCUGCUCUGCUCCUUCCCACCAGCAACAUAACCAGUAACACGAGCACAACCAACACAACCGCCGCUGCCGCCUCAAGCAGCAGCAGCCCUGACACAGCCUCUAAUGCGGGCAGCUGGGGUGGGGGGAAGAGCGAGCAGGAGGAAGGCUACAUCACCACCACCACAGUAGAGAUGCACAAGCCUCCAGUUACGGUCAGCACAGACCCUCGCCGGCUCAGUCGGGCCAGCAAGAGCAGCAGCAUCAGGGCCAGGCCAAGUGACCUGGCUGUCUAGAUCUCUUCAGCCCUAUGAUGUCCCUAAACCCUCCAUUACCAACAACCCGCUUUCCCCAACCCCACCCCCAAACACAGUGAUUAUCAGACAAAUCAUAGGCAUGCCUAAAGCAAAAAAAACAUCCGAACAAGAAAGGAAGGCAGGGCGACAAGAGACAGGAAAGCAAAAUAAUUGAAAACAUUUAGGCAAAUGUGACAUAACUUAGCAGUCACUGAUGUAGUGCAGUCGGUGAGUUGCAGAGUAGUUGAGGCAAGGUUUGUGUUUUUGGAUGGUCUUAAUUUAUGCACACAAAAUAUGUGCUUUGCUAUGAAGUCAGAAGGCUCCACUCAGCGGUGGAUGGAGCAUUGGACAUUGUGAUGUCGCAGUUGUGCUUCAAAAUGGACACCUCUCACCAACCUGUUUGGUUUGGGGGAAGAUCUUAGGGUGAUUCUCUAUUUUUCUUCUUCUUGUUCAGCCUAAAGGACUAAUUAUUCCAAAUGAGAAGAAUAAUUUGUCGAAACAAUGACUGAAUUUUGUUUUGUUUUAUUUGGAGGAAGCAGAAGUAGCUUUAUUGUGCAGAUCAGUUAUUUCAUGUAUAGCCAGACAAUUUGCUCAUUUAUCUUGUCCAUCAUGUUUAUCUGGUUUCACAGUCAUAUUGGCAGCACAAAAGUCCACUGCAUGUUGCUCUACAUGUCAACAGGAAGUUCCCACAUUUUUCCUUUGACCCGGAAGGUCUUUUGCUGCAGC